AUGGAAACACAAAAGCAAGCCAAGGCAACGGAAAAGGUUGGGGCGCUGAUCAACGACGACGACAGCAGUGGCCUCGAGGAAGCAUUCACCAGGCUCACCCUCACCCCAAGCACCAGCACCCCGGGCCAAGCCAGCCACUCUGGUGCUCACGCAGAGCGCCGUGCUGACUCAACUAUCAACACCGCAGGUUCAAUGUCACAUCAGCCUCAAUCCAUGACGGCUGGACCCUCGCAACCCAUCGUUCAAGAGGUGGCACAACCCGCUAACGCUAAGAAGGGGAAGAAGGCACGGGCACCUGCGAAGGGAUCGGCAACAGUGACAGCUGCAACGGAGAUGGCGGUGGGAGUGCCUGCUGCAGCGGCAGUGCCUGCAGCAAAUUGGCAGCAAAUCACAGGAGCGGAUGUCGAGUUUGAGCCAGACUGUUUCUUCAUUGACACAUCGGUGAAGACAUACAGUACAGUUCCCCGUCUACCCGGUCCCGAUCUCUUCAAACGUGCUUUUCUGUCCCCCAUCUGUUUUUGGAAUGGGCAUGCAUCCGCCCACGUCAGGGUAUCGGUUUCCCUCAACGCUCUCGAUUCCGCGGGCAGCGUCGAUUCGGUCCUCUUGAUCGAGCUCAACUUCGGUCUGAUCCAAAGAAUAGUUGAGAAGCGCGGAUGUGGUGGUCGAAGGACCGGGAUUGAGCGAGGAAAGGCCUGA